CUGGUUACGAGAGGCGACCUGGACGCCGCACCUUUGCCCCAGAUUGACCCGUCGGAGCUUCACAACCAAUUUAGCCUAGCACACCUCGUCUCCGCUUCGAAUCGGGUAAUUGUUGAUGUUUGUACGAAAGGCGACCCGUACGCCGCGCCUUUGCCCGAGAUUGACCCGUCGGAGCUUCAAUUCACAAAUUAUCACAACCAAUUUAGCCUAGCACGCCUCGUCCCUGCUUCAAAUCAGUCUCUAAUGGAAGAGAUCCUCUCUAACUUCUCAAUGGAAGAAGACGUGAUAGAAGAGAUUUUGGUGAAGUUUCCGGUGAAAACAUUGAUGCGUAUGAAGUGCGUUUGCAAGUCUUGGUGUAGUUUAAUCGCAAGUCAAUCUUUCGCCGAAAAGCAUCUCAACCACCACUCUGCAAACAAAUCCAAUAAACAAAUUAUGAUUUUUCGUACCGUGGAAAAGGACAUUGUUUCCCUUCAUUCGCACGAAUCACUAAACUUUGUUGCACCACCUCUACCAAUUUCGAAAAAGCCCAUGGUAGUCGGGCUUAUUUCUACACCUUGCAGUGGGUUGAUUUGUUACAAAUCCGCAAACGACGAGAUUAUGAUGUGCAACCCUUCGACUCGAGAGUUUAAGCUACUCCCUCCGAGCCAUUUCCCUCAACUCGAUGGAUACAAAUAUAGAUGUCAUGCAAUCGGAUUCGGAAUCCACAACAAGGACUACAAGGUUAUUUCAAUUGCAAGUUACCUUCCUGAAAGCCAUGUCCGCAACCAAGACAGAUUAUUCAAAGCUCGAAUUUACAGCACGGUUUCCAACACUUGGAGAAGCACCUCCCACGACCCCACGCCAGUAUAUAUUAGAGGCAUUGUGCCCACGGUCAAUGGGCGUUGCCAUUGGAUCUCGUACCAUCCCGAAAAACUGUUCAUACUUUCUUUCGACAUGCACGACGAGAUGUUUCUGUACAUCGAUCGUGGCGCAGCCGUUGAUAUAUGGGUGAUGCAAGAAUAUGGGGUGGUCAAAUCGUGGACCAAGAAAUUCACGAUUCGAUAUGCGUUUGAUUCAUGUGGGAAUCCCCUACUCUUGUGGAAGAAUGAGAUCCUUCUUAUGGCGAGCAUUGGGAAGGAUAGCAAAGUGCGGUUGGCGUGGUCGUAUGGAGACCAAAGGUUUGAAAUCGACGGCGGCAGGAGUGGGAGAUUCCAAGCCAUGCAUUACGAGGAAAGUUUGAUAUCCCUAAAAGGGAGAUUAAAUUUGUGA